AUGUCCAUUUCCAACAUCACAGUCUACAUGCCCUCUGUGUUGACACUAAUAGGGAUCCCAGGCCUAGAAUCUGUGCAGUGCUGGAUUGAUCCAUUCUGUGACAUUUAUCUCAUUGCUAUGAUUGGAAAUUCCCUGCUUCUGAUCAUCAUCAAAUCUGAGCGUAGUCUCCAUGAGCCCUUGUACAUUUUCUUAGGCAUACUAGGAGCUACAGAUAUUGCACUUGCUAGCAGCAUUAUGCCCAAGAUGCUUGGAAUAUUCUGGUUUAAUGCGCCUGAAAUCUAUUUUGAUUCCUGCUUGCUUCAAAUGUGGUUCAUCCACACAUUUCAGUGCAUAGAGUCAGGCAUCCCGAUGGCCAUGGCCCUGUAUCGUUAAGUGGCCAUCUGUUAUCCACUAAGAUGUGCCAUCAUCUUCACCCAUCAGCUUGUCAUUCAGAUAGGAACUAUGGUCGUACUCAGGGCUGCUAUUCUUGUAGCCCCAUGCCUAGUACUGAUAAAGUGCCGGUUUCAAUUGUACCACACAACAGUCAUCCCCCACUCCUACUGUGAGCAUAUGGCCAUUGUGAAACUAGCUGCAGCAAAUGUUCAAGUCAACAAAAUCUAUGAUUUGUUUGCGGCCUUCACUGUUGCAGGAUUUGACCUCACAUUCAUCACGUUGUCCUACAUCCAGAUAUUUAUCACAGUGUUUCGUUUGCCCCAGAAGGAGGCUAGGUUUAAAGCAUUCAAUACCUGCAUUGCUCACAUCUGUGUCUUCCUCCAGUUCUACCUCCUUGCCUUCUUCUCCUUCUUCACACAUAGGUUUGGGUCUCACACCCCUUAUAUCCAUAUUCUCUUUUCUAGCAUUUACUUGCUGGUCCCUCCAUUUCUCAAUCCACUUGUCUAUGGUGCAAAGACCACGCAGAUUCGCAUUCAUGUGGUAAAAAUGUUCUGUUCAUAA